AUGGAAACCCCAAUUACCGUGGGCGUGAUAGGUGCGACAGGUAAUACAGGCCGGUCUGUGGUAGACGGUCUACUUUCCUCACCGAUAAAGUUUGCUGUCACAUCAUUUACUCGACAAGCUUCAGUCGACAGCCAAGCCAACAACACCCUCAAAGCAAAAGGUGUCCAAAUUGUCGGCUACGACUUGGACGGUCCUCGGCAGGUUCUGGUAGAACAGUUAAAAAGUACCGAAGUCCUCAUCUCAUGUAUUACCUGGGAACAUUUGGAAUCUCAGGUUCCAUGGAUUGAGGCCGCCAAAGAAGCAGGUGUGAAGCGAUUCGUGCCUUCGGAAUGGGUGGGACCGGCACCCAGAGGGAUUAUUGACAUCAAAGACAAGAAGCUCGACAUCCUGGGCGUAAUUCAACGGGUGGGUCUACCGUACACACUCAUCGACGUUGGAUGUUGGUUUCAGGUCUGGGUCCCCAAGAUUCCGUCUGGUCAGUCGGACCACGCCCAUUCGAUUUAUAUCGACCACCGGAUCGUUGGUCAUGGUAAUCAGAAGUUUGGGUUGACGGAUAUGGGAGAUAUUGGCAAAUAUGUCGCGCAGAUUAUAUCGGAUGAGCGGACUUUGAAUAGACGUGUGUUUGCGUAUACCGAAGUUCUGAGUAUGAAUGAGAUUUGGGACACAAUGGCAACGGUCAGCGGGGAGACACCCCUGAAAGAGUUUGUUUCAGAAUCAGAGAUCAAAGAGAUCAUCCAACGGUGCGGCAAGAGGUGGCAGGAGAAUGGGGAGAAGGUCGAUAUCAUGGACGUUGCCAAUUACAAUAUGGGCCAAUACCGCAUAUCAUGGUGUAUUCGAGGGGACAAUACCCCAGAGUAUGCGGACUAUCUAGGAUACUUGGAUUUCUGGAAGCUGUUCCCAGACUUUCCAAAGGGCAGGUCGUUGGAGGCGUACUAUCAGCAGGUCCUCACUGAGGGCUCCAAAUGA